UUCCCUCUUUCUUUUACGGCCUUCAUGAGCAAAUCUCGCCGCACCCAACGCUUUGUAUAAAACGAGCUGAAACAUUGCACUGGAGAAGAGCUUCUUUCAGCAGCAGCUUCGGAACAACCAUGAUUCGCGCUUGCAUCGUCCUUGCAUUGGCCACCAGCGCCUUCGCUGGUUUCGUCGGCCACGCUGGCUUUGGCGUCGCGCACGGCGGGUACGGCCUCGGCCUGGCUGCUGCGCCAGCUGUGGCCACAGUUGCCCACGCUGCCCCAGUCGCCACCGUAGCCCACGCUGCUCCAGUCGCUACAUUCGCCGCCGCUCCAGUAGCCACCUACGCCGCUGCUCCAGUCGCUACCGCUAUCGCCGCCCCAGCUGUUGCCACUUACCACGCAGCCCCAGCGGUCGCCACCUUCCACGCCGCUCCAGCUGUCACUGCCGUCCACGCUGCCCCAGCUCUUGCUACCACCGCCGUCCACCACGCCCCAGCUGUCGCCACUGUCGCCCAUGCUGCUCCUGCCUUCGCUGCCUACCACACUGCCCCAGCUUACUACGGCUAUGGCGUUGGCACCCUGGGCUACGGUGCUGGUCACUACGGUUACGGUCAUGGCCUUCUCGGCUACGGCCUCAACUACGGCUACGGUCUUGGCACUCCAUUCCAUUAUGGUGCUCUCCUCCGCAAGAAGUAAAUGACGUCCAUCCUCCUAGUCCUCACGAAAUAAAAAUAUUUAUUUCUAUGCA